CUUCGGUUUGUUUCUCUUCUCUUUAUGAAAAAGAUGAAGAUUGAUUUUGCGCCUUUAGACGUGCCCUUCUGCAGGAGGCUGCAGACCGCCACAGUGGUGUUCUGGGUCUUCUCCUUCCUUGGUUUGGCACCCACCUGCAUCUUCUUGUUCUUUUACCUGCUCUUCACUCGCUUCUGGCUGAUCAGUGUGUUGUACGCCCUCUGGUGGUACUAUGACUACGACACACCUGCACGUGGUGGCCGCAGGGCGCCCUUCCUGUGUGGCCUCAAACUUUGGGAAUGCAUGAGGGAUUACUUCCCUAUCAAGCUGGUGAAGACAGCUGACUUGGACCCUCGGCACAACUACAUCCUCGGCUUCCACCCCCAUGGUGUGCUAGUGGCAGGAGCCUUCACCAACUUCUGCACCUACGCUACAGGCUUCAAACAGCUGUUUCCAGGCCUUACCAGCUACCUGCUUAUGUUGCCUCUCUGGUUCAGAGCCCCGUUCUUCAGAGACUACAUCAUGUGUGCAGGGCUGAUUCCCUCAGACAAGGAAAGUGCUACUUAUCCGCUUCAGUGCAGGCGUGGUGGCAGUGCUGUUGCAAUAGCUGUUGGUGGGGCCCCAGAAGCCCUUGAUGCCCACCCUGGGAGCUUCAAUGUGCUCUUGGCCAACAAGAAAGGCUUUAUCAAACUGGCCAUGGAGCAUGGAGCUCACCUGGUGCCAGUUUUCUCCUUUGGAGAAAAUGAGUUGUUUGACCAAGUGACAAACCCAAGAGGAACUUGGCUUCGAUGGAUACAGGAGCGGCUGCAAAGUGUCAUGGGCAUAUCCCUUCCUCUUUUCCAUGCACGUGGCAUUUUCCAGUACUCCUUUGGUCUCAUGCCUUAUAGAAGACCCAUCAAUACAGUAGUUGGCCGACCAAUUAAGGUGGAGAAGAAAGAGAGGCCAACACCCGAAGAACUUGAUGCCCUCCACCAGCUGUACAUGGAUGAACUCAGCAAUUUGUUUGAUGAACACAAAUGCAACUAUGGAGUGGACAAGGACACAUAUCUGAACUUUGUCUAAGCCGGACAUGGGAGGGAGAGGAUUUUAAUGAACAUUUAUUUGCAAAGCUCUGGUGCUGCAGGUCCACAUGAUUCUACCUUUAGAUGAGCUUGUCACACCUGAAUUUGCUCUCAUUGAGCCUCCCAGUUAAAGAUAAACAACACACUAAAGCUUGA